AUGGAAGGCGAGGCGGGCACGCUGGUCGGGGAGAACCCCCCCAAGUACAUCGUGGAGCACCUGGAUGAGCUCGAGGACUGGAGCAUUCUCGAGUAUAUACACAUAUGCGAAACGGUAAAGGACAAAAAUGUGAUAUUCACCAAUUUUGACAGGCCCUUCGGUGAAGUAUCGAAAAAAUACAACCCCACCUGCUACAAACAACCCAUCCGUGAAUUGAAGGAAAAAUUCGAGUGGGAAAAAAUAUGUCUAUUAGAUAUGAAAGCGAAGGACAUUUUAACAUGCAAAGAUAAGGAGCACUUGGAUUAUUUGCUCUUUGGAGGGAUACUUGGAAAUGUUCCCUCUGAUGAUAGGACCUCCAUUCUGCGAAAGUGCCAGUUUGUCAUUUCGAGAAAUCUUGGGGACAUGCAGAUGACGACAAACACUGCCGUGCUCGUUUGCCACAUCAUUUUAGAAAAACAGGUAGAAUUUAAGGAUAUUCCUUUUGUGGACAAUCCAGAAAUUCCCUUGAGAAAUGAGAAGGAGUCCAUGGUUCUUCCCUUUCGUUUUGUCUCCAAGUUUUUUUUUACCGGUUUGGAAGAGGACAGACAUGUUCCCGUGUUGCCACGUAAUUUCACAGAAUACUUGAUCGGUUUGGGGGACGACCGUGUGGGGGAUCUGGACGACUUCCUCUCGGGGGGGUAA